AUGCUGCUUGUCUACCCACGGGGUGCAAGCACCGUACAGUGUUCAAUCUGUCACACCCUAAAUCCUGCAUCUCAGGCAAAUCAAGUAGCCCACAUUGUGUGUGGCGGCUGUCGAAUCACGCUGAUGUAUGCUUUCGGGGCCCAGUCUGUGAAGUGUGCUAUGUGCAACUUCGUGACGCAAGUGCCACAGACACAGGGUCGAUGGAACACACCGCAGGCGCCAGCCACAGCUCCCACAGUGACGCCCCCAGGUGGCCCAUCAUCAUCAUCUGUGGAGCCCGCCGUUGCGAAGACGACUGUGGUGGUGGAAAAUCCUCCGAGUUUGGACGAGGAGGGAAAUGAGGUUCAAAAUAUUGCCGUGGGAGUGAAAACUGAGAACAACAACCCCAGCUGA